CCGAUAUCAAUGCUGCGAACCAACUCGCACGGACCGAUGCUACCAAGCACUUGCAACAACAUCAGCGAUAUGCGAAAUUUCCCGUCUGGCGAUAUCCCGGCGAUACUGGUGAAUACUGAGUGGAGCACGCAAAGCGCCCUCACAAGAAGAUGCAUUCGACCUUGAAGAUGGACCGAAUUGAUGCAUACUGUUCCUCUGCGCGAGACCCUAAAACAAGAAAGCGAUCUCCCUCUGAAGCGUUCAUUGCCUGUACUUAUGAGAAGGAUCUCCCGGAAAUGCACUGAAGGAGCCCAGUGAAAAGCAGAAUGCAUGGUCACUGAUCUACGGCUAAGUUGCUAGCAGCAUUCUAAUGCGAGGCUGGACCGGGUAACGAGGCCAAUGUUUUCGGAUCUUAUCCUCAAUGCAGCUUGGUGGGCCAGAGCCGCGUCAACGCCUGCUACGGACUACAGAGUGGUAGUACUGUACAAUGGCAACCACCGUCUAUUACUUCCGGACUAGGACAGGCAAGAUCGGUUACAGGCUUCACUAGGCGGUGUAGCACCUGGCAACUAUUGCCAUGCAAGCGAUCACCUUUUCGCCUAGCUAGCCGGAUUUUCCCUACCCGAGAAUCUACUCGAUCCGACCGCUGGUCCACGACAGACCAGCCAGCAAUCGAAAAUAAACGCUAAGUUCAAUACGAGUAUAGACUCUGCCCUUCUAGGCUCUGGAACGAGCACGUACCACCAAAGGCUUCCAAAGAUGGCAGAGUUGAUUCGAAAGAGGACAAGGGGAACCAGAUCUGUUGUCUCGCAUUAUGCAUGUGGCGGUGAUCAAAGCGCAACAUCAUGCAACAAGUACUCGGGGACAAGUCUGCGGAAGUUCUGGGUUCCGUCUAGGCCAAAAGAUAGGUUUUCCAGAUAUUCAGUGCGCGGAGAUGCAGGAAAGGGUAUUAUUGAUAGAGACAUGACAAAAAGAGGCCAGUCCACGGCUGCUUUUCAUGCCAGCUUCAGCGGCUGGGCCUCUGCAUCUAAUCAGCUUUCAUCACAGGUCUGAUGGCGAGUCCACCGAGAACACCACGCAGGUUGCAAAAGCGCAGGCCGACGCCCAUACAGCCUCCAAAUACACCCCAGAACGAGCUCUCGGAACGAGCAUCGCCGUCAAAGGCAACCCUUCGAGAUGGCAUAUCGCCGGACUUCGCUGUGGUGUCUCAGGAAGAUGGGUCAGAGUCCUUGCCGGAUACGCCGUUCACUUCGCCAACCGCCCAUUUGAGCGUUCAGCGAGAAUCACAAAUUGACAAGUUCAAAUUUGAGGUCCGACUUCUUUACUUGCGUCAACAACAGCUCCAGAAUCGCUGGGCAGACGAGGAAUCAGGGGAGGGCGUCUUGUUGAAGACUGGCAAGGGCAAUUACAUUUCUCAACCUCGCGAACUUGCUGAUGCCUGUGGCGGGUUUUCCGAGCAGAUGAGGAAGCUGAAUGUCAAGGUAGCCAUGACGGUCAAGACGCCCGUGAUCGAAACGUUUCUCGCGACGUACAAACCGCAAUAUGUUCCUUAUACCCAAGGCCAACGGAUCAGCAUCAUUGACUCUAUCGACCAAGUGUGUCAAGCGCAUAGGCACCAUUACGCAGUAUUUGUCCGGGGCGCAGGAUUGCUUGCAGUAUGGGAUGAGGAUGCAGUUGAGAUUACCGACCGUGCCACUCGCAUUGAGAAGCAUCUGGUCGACCUGGUGUGGGCGAUGAGCUCCGAACAAGAGAGCGACAUACACACAAAAGAGUCUUUUGAACAGCCUGCGAGAGAGGAAUCGAAGGCUCCUGUGGUUGCUACACCCCAACCGCUUCCUGCCAUAUCAGAAAAAGAUGCAGAGACCGGUGCUCCCGAGGCGCCUCGGCAGACACUGUUGUGGCAGGCCUUGGUGGUUGGCUGCGCCGGGUGCCUCACCAUUUUCUGCCUCUCGAUAGGGUGGAGGGCUUUGGCAGUCGAGAUCAAAUACGACCACAGCUGGACUCGAAUAUUGCUGGUGAUUGUAUCGCCACUCCAGUUAUGGCUGGGAUGGUUCUUCUUCAUGACCGUAUGCACCACCAUCGCCCAGCUCGUCGGCCCGGUCAAACAAGUCUUUCAGAAUUCCAAGUUCUACUCGGCCGUCCCCACGAAGCGUCUCCGAGACAAUCUCCCGCACGUGACGAUCCAGUGCCCCGUGUACAAGGAGGGCCUCGACACUGUCAUCAUUCCUACUGUGGUGUCGGUCAACAAGGCCAUCUCCACGUACGAGCUACAGGGCGGGAGUGCCAGUAUCUUUGUCAACGACGACGGCAUGCAGCUUAUUCCCGAAGAAGAAGCGAGACGCCGGGUCCAAUUUUACGAAGACAACAACAUCGGCUGGGUCGCUCGACCCAAACACGCACCAAAUGGAGACUCCAAUGGGCAGAAUGUCUUUGUCCGAGCUGGGAAAUUCAAAAAGGCUUCCAACAUGAACUACUGUCUCAGCGUCAGCAGCCGAGUCGAAGACAAGAUGGCCGAAGUCGAGCGGACGCCCAACUGGACUCAAGAAGACGAAGAUCAGCUGUACUCGUCGGCGUUCGAAGCCAUCAUCAAGGAAGAUCAGGGCCGGACCUGGGGAGCAGGUAACAUCCGCAUGGGCGACUUUAUCUUGAUCAUUGAUUCAGACACCCGGGUCCCCGAGGACUGUCUUCUCGACGCCGUCUCCGAGAUGACCGCGACUCCGGAAGUGGCCAUCAUCCAAUUCAUGUCGGGAGUUUUGAAUGUCACGACGAGCUUUUUCGAGCGCGCCAUUACCUUUUUCACGAAUCUCGUCUAUACCUCGAUCCGGUUCGCCGUGGCCUGUGGCGACGUGGCGCCGUUCGUCGGCCAUAACGCGAUGCUCCGGUGGUCCGCCCUUCAAGACGUUGCCUAUGUCGAUACCGACGGGACGGAAAAGUACUGGGCCGAGAACACGGUGUCGGAGGAUUUCGACAUGGCACUGCGGCUCCAGUCGCUCGGCUAUGUCAUUCGGUACAGCACUUACUGCGGCGACGGCUUCAAGGAGGGGGUCUCGUUGACCGUCUACGACGAACUGAUCCGGUGGGAAAAGUACGCCUACGGCUGCGCCGAGUUACUCUUCCACCCCUUUUACAAGUGGCCCCUCCACGGCCCCGUCACGCCCUUGUUCCGCCGGUUCAUCACGAGCCCCAUCAGCUGGAUGGGCAAGUUGACGAUGAUGUCCUACAUCGGGACGUACUUCGCCAUCGGCUCGGCCUGGGCUUUGACCCUCCUCAACUAUUUCCUCCUGGGUUGGUUCAACGGCCACCUCGACAAGGACUACGCCGAGAGUUUCAACGUCUACUUCGGUCUGGUGAUUGUCUUCCAAGGCGCCGGCACGGUGAGCCUCGCGGUUCUACGUUAUCGCGUCGAAGGUCGCUCGCUGUUCAAAUGUCUCUUGGAGAACAUGACUUGGAUGUUGGUCCUCACGGUCUUCCUGGGUGGCAUCUCCCUGCACGUCUCGGGCGCGCUGUUGUUUUACCUCUUCGGCAUCGACAUGUCCUGGGGAGCCACGGCCAAAGAAGCCACCGACACGUCCUUUUUCAGGGAGAUCCCGGUCAUCAUCAAAAAGUUCAAAUUCACCUUUGUGUAUUGUAUCUUGUCGGUGGCCAUGAUGAUGGUGCUGGCGGGCAUAGGGCCGCUCGGGAAGUUGGUGCCCGAGUUCUGGAGGAUCAACAGUUUCAUCGCCAUCUACCCGCAGGCCAUCAUGAUCGCCAUGCAUUUCUUCCUGCCUCUGGCCUUGAAUCCUGGGCUGAUGCAAUUUGCAUUCUGAUCGUUUGAAUUUUUUUUAUUUUUUUUUUAAAAAAACAAUAAUACUAUUACUACCUUGGACGGGCUGAUGGAGUUUUUGGGAAAACCACCGUCGAGUGGGAAAAGGGGGAGUUGGGGGCUUUCCGUUUCCUAUAAAGAUUAUAAACCAUGAUACUCGGUAUGAUACAAGACGAUUACAAUCCACAUUCAAGAGACCCUUUCCAAUCAAUCCGGUUGAU